AUGAAUGUCAAACCUAAUAAUAACAUAUACUAUAUUUCCUAUCACUCAUCCAUACUUUCCAUACAGGAAUUGGUUCUGCGUUUGUCUCGUGAGCCUGAAAGACCACACGUGAAUUGGACUACCGAUACAGUGGACAAUGAGAAUUUGGGAAAGAAAAAGAGCAAAUGUUGUUGCAUCUACAAGAAGAAAAAGACGUGGCAGGAUAGCAGUAGCAGCGACGAUUCGGUUUCAGGAAAGGAUAACUCCUCUUCAUCUCGUUCCGUUGCAGAACCCGUGGAACGUCGUAAACUCAUCUUAGACAUUCGCCUCCAGUGUCAGAUUGACGGUUACUUGGACAUUGAGGAGCGGGACAGAAUUGAGGAAUGA